AUGGAUAAUUAUGAACCUUUGGAGAUUAUUGGCACAGGAUCUUUCGGCCUCAUUCGCAAAGUAAGACGAAAAUCCGAUAGUAGGAUAUUAGCACGCAAAGAAAUUGACUAUCGACGUAUGAACGAUAAAGAAAGGAAUCAACUUGUAUCAGAAGUUAAUAUUCUCCGCGAACUUAAACAUCCUAAUAUUGUGCGAUACUAUGAUCGAUACAUUGAUAAUACAAAUUGUAUGAUUUACAUUAUAAUGGAAUAUUGCGAAGGAGGCGACCUUUCAUCGAUAAUCAAGAAAUGUAGAAAGGAAGGGAAUUAUUUGUCUGAAAGUACGAUCUGGUUCUUCUUUACUCAGAUAUUGCAGGCGCUUCAUGAAUGUCAUUAUGGCUAUGGUAAUAGUAAAUGUGAUUCUGAUCAUAGCCAACAACACAUUACGAUAUUACAUCGUGACAUAAAGCCAGAAAAUGUAUUAUUGGGUAGUGAUAAUAAACUUAAAUUGGGCGAUUUUGGUCUGUCGAGAAAGUUGAAUUUAGACCGAGAGUUGGCGCAAACGUAUGUUGGUACACCUUAUUACAUGUCGCCUGAACUGAUAACUGAAUCACAUUAUGAUACUAAAUCUGAUAUUUGGUCUCUUGGGUGUUUGCUUUAUGAGCUUUGUGCUUUACAACCACCGUUCCAAGCAAAAUCACAACCUAGUUUGGCAAUAAAAAUCAGUGCUGGCAUGAUUCCGCCUUUACCAUCACGCUAUUCAGAAGAACUUAAUAAUAUAAUUAGAGCAACGUUAAUGGUUGAUCCGAACAAAAGGCCUACGACUAUGGAAUUACUAAAGAUGAUGCAUCCUAGUAGGGAUAUAACACGUCGAGAAGAAGAACUUAAACAACGGGAGAUAGCUUUAAACGGACGUGAAAUGAUGGUAGCAAAUAAAGAGGAGGAAUUAAGACGAAGGUUUGCAGAACUCCAACAAUGCAAACAGCAAUUAGAUUUUGAAAAACAGCAAUUUGCCAAUGAGGCUAAACUUCACACAGAACAGUUUAAUAUGGAAGUUCAACGACAAAAGGAGGAGUUCAAAGCUGAAUAUGCAAAUCUUUUGCAGCAAAAAGAGGAAUUAAAUAACGGCUUUUUAGAGCUUAAGCGACAGAAAGACUUGCAGGCGCAAAUUCUUCAAACUCAAGAAUCAGAGUUAAAACGCCGCCAUGAUGACCUUCAGCAUCAAAUUGAUGAAUUUAAUAAGACGCGAGAUACAGCAUUACUUGAACAGCGAACAAUAGUUUCUCUUCAGACACAAGUAUCAUGUAUUAAAGAGCAGCCUUUGAUAAACGAAAACAAAUGUGAUAAAAUUAAUGAUACGCUUCAGGUUAUUGCACAAGUUGAGACGAUUACAAAUAAUGAAGUCACUUCACUUUACAAUCCAUCCGAAGAUCGUGAAAAUAUUGAUCUUUCGUCUUCUGAGAUAAACUCAAAUAAAAAGAGCGAAACAUUUGCGCAGAAGGUCGUUUGUGCACAAAAGAAAGUUACAUCAAGUUCAAAUUGUGGGAUGGUUGUGAAAGCUCCUGUCUUGCAGCAGGAAUUACCGAAGACCAGGCUGAGAAAACUAAUAUAUCCUCCAUUAGAAGCACGACCCAGGAAUAUUACAUCGAUAUCAAGUAUAAUUCCUCAAAAACGAUUACAACAGAGUUCGCAAGGAUCCAACCUAUGGAAUAUGGACGAUGAUGAUUUGCCAUCGCCAUUUAUAAAGCAAAGAAAGAAGAUAGGAGUGGAUCGAUCUUCGAAAAGACUCGGACCGGACGAUAACGAACAAAGGACCGAAUGA